AUGAGUGCGGCAACUGUCUCAAAUGGUGGGAAGCUGACUGGUUGGGCCCAGGCCGCUGCCAGGGCAAUACCUGCGCAACAGCACCAGCAACAGCCACGCCCUACAACAACCUCUCCUUCACCAACGCACAAACAAUCUUCGAAUAGUGUCAAUUCUACCGCCAACACCACCGGAGCGGCCAGAACUAAGAGGAAACCCACCAGACAGCCUUACAAUCGCGAUGAAGUACGUUCUUACAUGAAUUCUCUAUUCAAAUCCCAGACAAAUGCAAUUUCAAGUGAGUCGACUUACACAACAGAUCAACAACGCAAAAGUUCUCUAGAUUGGGGAACUGUAACAAAUAGCAAGUACAGAAAUAAGAAGUACGGUUGCCUGAACGAUAUCGCUCAGGCGCUGUGGAAGUAA